AUGGCGGACGACACGGAGCUGGGUGCUGGCGGCACAGACGCCGUGCCAGGCGCACAAGUGUGUGCGCCAUUGCAGGGUGCGAGUGAAACUGCAGUAUGCGCUGCACAGCUGCAGGCGUCUCAGCCGCAUGCGCCGCCAGAGAACCAUGGACCGGUGCAGCAGCGUCCCUUGCAACACGUCCCAAAUGGCCAGCACGCGCCUACGCAUGUCCCACCGCCCAGUGGCCAUGGCCAUAUGCCGCACAUGCAACCGGAUAUCCAUCCAUCACCGCAAGCACCGCGCAAGCCCAAAGCCUCUAGCCACGCUGGCCGCGCAAAAAACGUUGCGCUCAGUGCGCUCACAGGCGGAAGCAUUGGCGUUCCCAGUGCCGAUGCACCGCCGCCAGGGUUCCUUACGGCCGGUGGCGGGGCGCGCAAGGUGCUUCCUGAGCUUGUGCUCCCUUUUCAUCUGCCUACACGACCGAAAAUUGCUCCGGCUACCGAGACGGAGCCGCUGGAGCAGAGCAUUGUAUUCCUCCAAGCGCUGCGGCAAACACGCAUGAUGCACAUGCUGCAAGUUUUACCGCAGUUCAGCCACAAGCAGCGAGGUGGGAUGGAAUAUUUUGACCGAGUUCCGCACGCGCUGCUCCAAGGCAUCAAUCCACGCAAGCCACACACACUGCUUCCUCUUGGCAGAGCCGACGUGCGUGUUGGCCCUGUGGCAUAUAUGGGCGUCCGCUUUUGGGAAGUACGCACGGUGGAGCCGCAGCAUGCGCGCAUGGUGCACGGAAGAUCGCAGGAGCCGCCGGGGCCGCGCAUGGUGCAGUAUCCACCGAGUCAGCCCAUGACGCGGCCUGCAAUGCACACGCCAAGCACGCAUUCAUACCAGGGGACGCCACUACCUGCCUCGGUGCGUCCUACGGGUGCGACGCCUGCGCAGGGGGCCGCGCCUCUCAUGGCGCGCCCGGUACAAGGCACGCCCGCGCCGGAAACACCGAGUUAUGCACGCCCGCCGGCACCUACGAUCCCUUCAACAUCGCGUCCUUCGCCUCCUUUUACGCCGCGCGGGACAGACACGCUUAGUGCGCCGCCUCAGCCUGCACCCAUGCCGCGUCCUGUGCCGCGGCCCACACCGCCGCUCGACGCAGGCUUCUUGGCGCGACUGCAGCAGCGUGCAGCGCAUGAUACAUACCUACAGCAGCUCCUGCAAAAAGCACGCACGGGGCAGCUGCCCGACGCUGGCAUGGCGCAGCUCAACGCAAUUAUUGCCACACUCAUGGCCGCUCCACAACCGCGCGAGCGCAGACCGCCCGUGGUCAUUGUCGAGUUUCCCGAGAACCCCAGCACCAACUUUGUCCUGCCACUGUGGCAUGCCGCUGUUGAGCGGCGCCGCGAGCUUGGAAUGCGGCGUGGCAACCAACUUCUCCUAAGCUUUUUCUUACCCGCCAUCGGCUCGAAAGCAGCUGGGCAAAGCGGGCACGAUGAAAUGGAGCAUGUCGAGGGCGGUUUGCUGCGCGCACGCGAAACGCCAGAGUCGUUGCCGAAGCCACAAGAAGUAAAGACUGAAGCAACACCUGUGCUUGAACAGCCUGCCAAGCGCCCUUCGAAACGCGACCGGCGGCGGGGCGAAAGAGACGCCACAGAGACGCUGCAUGACCCCGAGCCGCCUGCACGGAACCACGAGCUUUUCCCUGCGACGUGGUCGAUUUGCGGCGAGCUGGGCAUUGACGAGCGGCUCUGGGAUGCGUUUGGCCGUGUGCCGGGCUGCAUAACCACCGAGGGGAGUACACAUACAUAUGCCUCGGACAAGGAUCGCGAAGCGCGUGCGACAUUGGAGCGCUCUUUUGCACUGCGACAUGCGACGAUGCCGACACUAUACCAGCUACCUACGACAAUUCCACGCGAUAGCAUUCCUGCCGAGCUGGAAGAGCAUGUGCGUGAUCGAUACGCAAUGCGCAUCUUGGUCAGCAACUCGCGCCCGCAGCCCAAACGAAAGGUGGCGGCGCUCUCCGAUGCAGGCGACACAGCGAGGGCCGUGCGUCCAUCGGUGCCGACACAGCGGCAUGUAUUUAUCAGUGCGCCGGCACCGGGCGAGCCGCGCCCGAAACGCAAGCGCCACGUCGCGACACAUAAUCCUGACGGCAGUAUUAAGAGCUGCGGCGCUUGUGGGAAAACAAAGACGCCCAUGUGGCGCCGCGGUCCGAGAGGACCUUCGCAGCUCUGUAAUGCAUGCGGUGCAAAGUGGAAGGCGGGACGCCUUUUUGUGCCGGAUGUGCCGCCGACGCCGAUUUUAAACGAUACGCUGCCGGCGCGCCGCAUUGCCGUCCCGAGCCCGCUCGGUGUACCUGAUGCGCUCCAUCACGCAGAUCCAGAAAGUGCGCGGCCGGAGUUGCCUUUGGUCACCGGCUCCACGCUUCCACGCGUGCCGCAGGUGCCGCCGAUAAAAGGCACGCCGAAUGAGCCAGUGCCGCCGCCGUAG